CAACACCGACGUGAAUCCCGCCCCGACAUUUAGCCUAAAUCAACUAAUAGGAGGAGCAUGUAGGCAACUAACUCUACAGUGGCGCAAAAGGCCCACGAUAACCACUUUAGAGCAGAGGCGAGUGAGUGGGUCGGGUUUCAGCUGUUCAGAGAGCGCUCUGGUGAUCUUGCAGAGAUAGAAGGCUAGAUAGAGACUGUCGUCUGGGACACUGCAGGACCGCUUUGAAGAUCUCGUCAAAUGGCAACGCUGAACCACAAGGCAAAUGAAUAAAGCUCCCUUUCAAUUCGGACAUGACUGAUUGAUUGAUCCAAAUCUACAGAAUGUCUCAUAAUACUUUGAUAUAGACACUCAUCUGAAUAUAGUAAGGUGGUUGGAGAAGAGGACAGCUGCAACUUGCCCAAGGCAACUCCCCUGUCAAAAGUUAGGUCGCAAGGAUAUAUAUCCCUUACAAUUCGCUUUUCACCUUUCUCCCGAUGAAUGUUGGAAUUUCGUUGUGGAUAAAAAUCGAAUAAACACAACAAACAUGGAAGAAGAUCAAAAGUGGGGAGUUGCUGGUAGAAGUGUAGGCAGGACUUGCAGUGAGCACCCUUGCAAAAAACGCUUUUGGAGGAAUUGGAAAGAUUUGUCAGGUAUAACUGUCGGCAUCGUAUUCUCUGUAUUGUCUCUUGGAUUUUGCAUUCUCGUUUAUCUGAGAACCUCGGAGCUUCAGUCCAGGAUCCUAAACUUGGAAAAACAGAGAGAUACGCAGCUCUCCGCGUGGAUCUCACUCGAGCAGGUGGAACCAGUUAUCUUUGGCCGAAUAGAUCAGAUUCUGGAAGAGAAAUUGGCGGCUCGACUUCCCAAAACACGAGAGGCCAGAGAAGCACCCCAUAGCUGCGUCUGUCCACCAGGGCGUCCUGGGUCGAGGGGAAAGAGAGGUCGCAAUGGUGAUCCAGGACCUCCUGGUCCACCCGGACGAUCAGGCUUUCCGGGUGACAAAGGAACAAUGGGAAUUCCUGGAAGAUUGGGGUUAAAAGGAUACGCAGGGGUGAAGGGAGCGCCAGGGGAGCCAGGCCUGUCCAUCAUUGGGCCACGAGGAUCUCCUGGACAGCCAGGAACUAGAGGCUUCCCAGGCUUCCCGGGUCCGAUUGGGUUGGACGGCAAGCCCGGGCAGAACGGCUUGAAAGGAGACUUGGGUCAACGUGGUCCCAAAGGAGUUCCAGGUGAAUCUGGUCAGAAAGGAGAAAAGGGCGUAUGUGGAGACUACAGUCACAGGAAGCGGCGUAUUGUACAGCCCUGUGUUGGAGGAUUGGCCACACAGAUGUUGCCCAUCACCGUGCGCAACAUGCCUCAAAUAAACCCUCUAAUCCUAAAGCGCCUCAAGCAGGGUGAGCCUGGAGCUCAGGGCCCACCAGGACCUCCCGGGCCCUCAGGGACCCCCGGACUGAAUGGUGCAAGUGGACCACCGGGUAAACCCGGUGAACCAGGAAAACCUGGAAAAGAUCCAAGGCUCCUGCCAGGGAUGAAGGGUGAGCCAGGCAUGCCAGGAAUAAAGGGUGAUGUUGGCCCUGCUGGUCCCGAAGGCCCCAAGGGACUGAAGGGAGACCUAGGGCUGAGGGGAGAGCCAGGUUUUCCAGGCACUCCUGGAAGAAAGGGUCAAGCUGGUACCCCUGGAACACCUGGCAUUCAUGGAAAGAGGGGCUACAGGGGUGACAAGGGUGAACCCAGCGCAGCGGGGACUGGCAUCAAAGGAGAACCAGGGACACCAGGACUUCCAGGCCUAUCAGGAUUCAAGGGUGACAAAGGCGACCAAGGUGUCAAGGGGGAAGAAGGAUCUGAUGGCCCAGCUGGACCAAGAGGUCCUCCAGGUGCAGCAGGGGAGCCAGGAAAAUCAGAAAUCAUCAACAAUGAAAAUGAUAUUCGGAAUGUACCUUUGAUGGGCCCACCUGGACUACCUGGCCCUCAAGGGGGCCCCGGAACACCAGGAACAAAGGGUGAAGUUGGCCUUCCAGGCCCUUCAGGUCUUGACGGAGAGAAGGGUCCUCGGGGGAAGCCUGGAGAGGCAGGUCCUGUUGGCCCAGCCGGCCCUGAAGGCCCCAGAGGGGAGGGGGGCCUGAUGGGUUUCUCCGGAACCAAAGGAGAUAAGGGGGACAUGGGCCCAUCUGGAUCACCUGGUCAGAAGGGUGAGUCCGGAGAUAAGGGAGGAAUGUCAGACAUGGUAUACGGGCCUCCAGGUCCUCCAGGACCCCAAGGACCAGUUGGCCCUGCGGGACCUGAAGGACUGGGAGGGCCAAAGGGGGAGCCAGGCAUAGGCAUACGGGGAGAGAAGGGAGCAUCUGGUUCGAAAGGCGAUAAAGGGGACAGGGGUCAUCUUGGGCUUCCUGGGGCUCAUGGUUUAGACGGCAGGCCUGGUCCAGUGGGCCUGAUAGGACCAGUUGGUGUGGCAGGGCCAGCAGGACUGAAGGGAGAUAGAGGUUACAAGGGAGAUUCAGGAGAACCAGGACCAAUUGGGCCUCAAGGCAUCCCUGGUUUAGUAGGACCACAAGGAUUCAAAGGGAACCGGGGAGAGAGGGGCAAGAAAGGCAACAGGGGAACUAAAGGGGAUAAGGGGGACCAAGGAGCACCCGGAUUAGAUGCCCCCUGUCCAUUGGGGGAUGAUGGCUUACCAGUAUCAGGGUGUUGGAAUAAAGGUCAAAAUCCUUUCCAACUGGCCAAGUAGUAGAGGUUCAAGAGAUCUGCUCAACAACGUUUCGCUCAAAGCUGCAGGAUGGAAACUUGAAGGCAUUUGGAGAUAUCGUUGAGUUUUGACCCCACCUGGGGUUGUCAUUUUACUCACACAGAUUUUCCAGCCGGCUGAACACAGAGGCAGUAAUAUUGGGGGGCUCCAGUCGCUAGCAGUGAGCAGACUGACUUCAAUAAGACUCAGAAACAAAAGGAUUUCAGUUUCCUUUGCAGUUCUUUGCUGAAGGCUCCUCGGGUUGGACAAGCCAUCAAAGCCACAAAGCGAUAGAGACGCAUUUAUUUGAGAUAUGUGCUUUUCUUUGAGAUAUAUAUCUUUAUUCACUAUGUGAAAGUGAGACAUUCACUUUUUAUAGUGUACAAUUUCCUGUUUUUUAUUUGACACCAACAACUGUGAUUCAAGAAUUCAGAGCAGCUCGCAGAACAGACAGAUGUAAUCUCUCUGUGUUCAUGUGUUUCCAAGACAAACCAAAAAACAAAGGGAAAUGCUUUUGAUGAUUCCUGAUAUCAAACUCACUGCCUUCUCUAAUAUCCUGGGUGUUGCAGGCAUAUACCAUACUGUUUAUGUAGCUAUGUGGCCUGACCUGUGCCCAAGGAAGAACUUUAUUACCAGCAUUUUGUUGGUAUACAUUUAUACAUGUCUAAUAGACGUAUAUUACAUGUAUUCACAUUCUUGUACCGAGAUGUAAAACUCACCAUAUAUCAAUGCUGUACGAGUAAGUAUUGUACAGUAGGAGAGUGUUCACACACUUUUUUAAAGCGCUAACUCCAUGUUCUUGAAUAUAUUAAUGUGACAUGGGAGCCUCUCAUUUUAUCCCAAAAUGUUUUUACUCAACAUAGAUACCCUAUCGUUUUAGACUGUCUUAGAUAAUACAUAUCUGCAGUCAUACUGGCAACUUUUAAUGAGUAUUUAAGCAAUAAGGCCCGAUGAGGUGUGGUAUAUGACCAAUAUACCAUGGCUAAGGACUGUUCUCACGCACGCCGCAACGCGGAGCGUCUAGACACAGCCUUUAGCUGUGGUAUAUUGGGAAACCCCCAAGGUGCCUUAUUGCUAUUAUAAAAUGGUUACCAAUGUAAUUAGAGCAGUAAAAAUACAUGUUUUGUCAUACCCAUGGUAUACGGUCUGAUAUACCACAGCUUUCAGCCAAUCAGCUUUCAAACCACCCAGUUUAUAAUCUGGAAUAACCUGAUUCAUAUCAGUUUGUAAGAGCCAGAGUACCAUAAUCUAAUUUACCCUAAAAUAAGAUUCCUGAGGAAUGCCACACUAAAUGCAAGUCAUCAUGAAUCAAAUUGGGCAGCUAAUUUAAGCAGGAAUAAGUUCAACACCUUUAUCCUGUCUGUAUGAAUCGGUGGGCUUCGGUGUGACUGUUUGUCACCUUUGAAGUCAAAUAUUAACCAUAAAGAAGGCAGAUUUUUAUCGUGGGCAAAUAUUUAUGUCAAAUGUUGACAUUAUACAGCUCCUCUAAACAUGUUGUGUCAUGAAAAAUGAUGCUUUCAUACUGAUGAAAGAAAACCCCUGUUUUUGAAGGUCUCUUGUUUAGGAUUGUGUGACGUGUCAUGGCUGGAGGCACAAGACCAGUUUUGAAGCUAUUGGACAGCUGGUAACCGACACUUAGAACCAUUUUAAAUCCAAUGAAUUGCUUAUUUAGGUCGCCUAUGACAUUUUGACCUUGUGAAACUCAUUUUGAUUUGAGCAGUUGGGGUAAAGGUAUUUUAUUACUUUCUCUUCCAAAAAUGUAGCAACAAUUUCAUAGCAUUCUUGUGUGAAAACGAAGUCCGACGACUGAACUGACAAUAUGUCCAUCUUGUCAACGACUAUGAUAUCUUGUGCCUUUUAUUUAUGUUUAACACAACAGAAGCAUUCCUUAUGUCAUGUUGACAACUGUCUUCUAACCCUCCUCACACCUCAAAUCAAAAUGCACAUACGAUAAUCAUUUGAAUAUUCAAAGUGGUGAAUACAACACGAGUCCAUAUUCAUAUCCAAAUGGUGUAUUGCAAACCAGGGUCAGUUAUUGUGGUUGUUCUUUAGAUUUGAUAAAGGCCACAUUGACCUAGGCAGGCAGUGGGGGUGGACGAUUGAGACCACUUUAGCAUUACUGACACGAAUUGGUAACAGAAAUGUAGUCUAAAGGCAAAAGGAUCUAACCAUUUUAGAUAACAUUCUGAUUUAAAAAAAAAAAAACAUUUUUAUAGUUAAUUUGUUUGGAAUGUUUGCCUGAGAACUAGGCUUUACGCUGCCCCUGUUGAUUAUGAAUUUGAAUUAACAUGUAAUUACACACGAGCAGCUCCUAUAACACGACCUUUAUAUAAAAGUGGAUCAAGUCAAGUGCUGUUUCUGUAUUACAGUAAUUACUGUAAAUGCAAAUGAAUGUAAAGUGUUGCCUUAUUGUUUUCUUUAACAAAGGUGCUAAACAAGCAGCCUUCCUCCCAAGGAUGUAAAUCAUUCUGGAAACACGUUUAUUUAGUGGAGCAAUGACACAUAAUGGACGUGUAUUUAGGCCAUUUUGAAGGUUUUCAUUUGAUUAUAAGAUUAUGGUUCACCUCAAAUCUUUCAAACCAUCGUCCCCAGUAAAUGUGUCACAUUACCGCCCACAGUCCUUUAUUAAGCUGAGUACUCCUAUGAAGACAGUAGCUAUAUUCAAAGAAUCAUUCAUUCUCUUGUAAGAAUGUAUUCACAACACUAUGUCACAUUAGUUGAUUUACUGUAGGGUCGGUCAUCUUUAAAAGUUUGUGUGAAUUUAAUGUCUGCUUUUUCUCACUGAUAUUUUGCACAAUGGCAGUACUCUUUAGUUUUACAAUAUCUUCUCUGGCCAUUAUUAUUACAUGUUUGUAUUAUAUUUCUUGGUAUACAUUUCCCAGUUGACUUUGUCUUCAUCUUUUACUGUAUUUAUAUAUGAAGUGUACUCUUCAUGUAAUUAUGCAUACUUCAUAAUAUAACUAUUUAACACAUAAUAUCUUAGAACAUGUCACUCAUGAGAAACACUUAACUGAUGAUAGGUCAUGUGAAGUUAUUUCUGGACCUGAGCACGAAAUGUGGUCCUUUGUGAAUAUUUGUGUUUCUACUGAAAAACACUUCACAAAAAACCCUUCAAUUAUGUCUUCAAUUCAUUCUUGAUUUUAGUCCAAGCCAAUUUACAGUUAAUGCCUUCUCAUGUGAAGAGUACACAGAUUUGUUUGAGGAAUGGUGUUGUAUCCACUGUAAAGUUAUUUGAUUCAUCACUUUAGUCGACAUUACGGAUAUGUUUAUGCCAGUCUAUGAUCAAUGCAUUCUGUUUCGUAUUAAGUGGAUGUAUCACUUCUUGAUGUCAUCACCAUUAUGGGUAUUUAAAGCAGUUUAGGAGAGAGAUAGUUAAGGUCAUAGAAGCCAUUUUAGAAGACCGUUAUAGAGUACUGCGUUAUAGUUAACCUGCCGUUGACAUUCAUUGAGUUGUUUUCUUAACUAUCUACUAUGUAGUGUGCUAGGUAGAAAUCAAGAUGUAUAAUAUUAUGAAACCAGUUUGUGUGAUAAUCAGUUUCAGUAGCUAACUGAGAACAGAUAUGAGGGCAUUUAUUUCAAUGCAUUUGAUGUAAAAACCAUCUGCAUGCUGAUAUUUUUGUUUGUAAGCGUUAUUUACUAUUUGACAGCAACAGUGACAUUUUACAGCAAAAUACUUAUGGGAAUUUAUUUGAUAUGCCAUUUUCUUCACAAAAUGAGGAAUUAUGUCAGUUAAGUGACCUUUUAUAAUUUCCUCUGCUGUUACAGACUCUUGAAGAUGAAUGAAAUGUAACAUUUGAACAUUGAAUUGAGGUGUCAACAUUUCGUUUCUUGAGAGUCAAUGUGAGUCGUCAGUAAAAAAAUGUAAUACAGAGUUACCUAUGCUGUCUAAGGUGCUGUUUCUUUCUUCUAGAAACUGUUUUUAUAAACCAUAAAUGGCAGCUUUUGUCACUUGAUUGCCAAUCAUUAUUUCCCUGUUCAAUACAUUUUGAGAACAUUGUCAAUAAAAAAAAUA